AUGAGACGUAAUGCGACUCUGACAAAGAUUUCAUUUAAUUAUGACAAACUCAAUAAUCUUUACGCACUAUUACAAGUACUUAAACAGAAAACAUAUGUUAUUAUGUCUGAUGUUGUCGAUAAUUUCGAAUCGAGUCGAUGUUCACGAACAAUUUUACAAUUAAUAACUUGUCCAAUAUGUUUGGAAAUAUUUCGAGAACCGCUGAUGUUACCUUGUCAACAUUCAUUUUGUCGAAUGUGCCUUGAACGAAUAACGGAUGAUAGAUGGGGAAGAUGUCCGGUUUGUCGUGGAUGUUAUCGUGUUCCGUUCGCUGGUGUUGCUUCAUUUGAAAUAAAUCGCACAAUUGUCAAUCUCCUAGAAAGUUUACCACAUACGGAAUCGAAACCAACAUUGAAAGCGAAAUGCGCUUUGUGCAAGAGAGAAGAUACCAUAAUGGUUUGUGAACAUUGUCGCGAAGCUAUUUGUCGUAAAUGUCGUCAUCAACAUUAUGAUGAAUUUCGAAAAUACAUCACAACAAAAUUGAGUGAAACUCAAGAAGAAACGGAAAAAUUAAUAAAGAAAGAAGCUGAAAAUAUAAAAAGUCACGAAGAAAACGUCAAACAUUGUCAGGAUAUAUCAGUGUUAAUUCGUGGUAAAGUGGCUGAAUUGAUUGAGAAACUAAAACAAGAAGAAGCAAAAUUGUUAAAUAAUGUACAAGAAUUUAUGCAUGCUGAGCAAAGGUUAAUUGACGAAAAAAAUUUACAUCUACAAGAUCUAGCUAUGAUUAAUACGUUCUGUUCAUUAUCGCAAGAAAAAUUGAUAAGUAAAGAGGAAACAGAUCAAGAAGCAAUGAAUAUCCGUCAAAAAUGUGAAGAUUACGUUCUAUCUGUCAAUGAACUUGAAAGUCAUAUUUUUGUUGUUAAAACAUCUUUUCGUCGUAUAUCAUUUUAUAAUCGAGAUAUACCAGAUGAUGCCAUAUCACUUGGUUUUGUUGAAAUUGGCAUAGAACUUGAACCAAUAUCAAGUGAUAUUACAUUAAAACAAGACGUUCAUACAGUAAUAAAUGGUGGAAUUAUUUUACCGUCAUUACAAACAUCGAAUGAGAAAAUACAUCGUUCUCAAAAAAUCACAAAACAUUCGCCAUUAAAACGUUGUUUUAGUGCAACAUCAACAUUACAAUCAAACGGUAGUGGUGAUUAUACAAAUCGUUUACACUACUGUUAUAAUUCAUCCCUAGAAAAUUGUUGUGAACGUAUAAAACGUAAAAUAUCUUUUAAUCGUAUUAUUGGUAAACGUGGUUCGAAAGAUGAUGAAUUUAUGCAUCCAUCAUCAAUGGCUUAUUCUCAACGUGAUCAACUCAUUUAUAUUUGCGAUACGUACAAUAAUCGUAUUGUUGCCUAUACGAGUGACACACUGUUAUUUCAAACUGCAUAUUAUCCAAUGGAAAAUAAUAUUAAUAAUGCAGGACAACAAAUAAUUCCCAUUUCUCGUUUUCAACAUCCUUAUGCUAUUCAUAUUGAUUGUGAUAAUCGUUUAUACGUUAUUGAUCAAAGUGAUCGUCGUAUUAAAGUGUUGAAUCGAGAAUUUAAAUUAAUUCGAGUUAUCGGACAGUACGGUAGAGAUGUUGGACAAUAUUCAGCACCGUGUGAUAUAUGCACAGAUGAACAACAUAAUAUUUAUGUUUGUGAUGCUGGAAAUCAUCGAAUAUUGAAAUACAAUGAAUCUGGACAAUUUCUAUUAUCUUGGGGAGGAUUAGGUGUUGAAAAUGGCCAAUACAAAUGUCCAGCGUGCUUAUGUGUAAAUACUACAACAAAACGAAUUGCAGUUAGUGAUUGGGGAAAUAAUCGGAUACAAAUCUCGAAUUAUGAUGGCGAUCAUAUAACCUCAAUUGGUCGUUUGGGAAAAAAUUCGGGAGAAUUUUCUCGUCCAAUGGGUAUUGCCUACGAUGAGAAAAAUGAAGAUUUAUAUGUUGUUGAUGAAGGUAAUAAUCGUAUUCAAAUAUUUCGAAAUGAAUACACAUCGAUUAGUGUUGUUCACUCAAAAAUUGGUUUUCAAGGACCCUAUGACAUUUUAUUAAUGAAAGAUAAAAAAAUUCUCGUUUCGGAAUAUAAGGCACAUCGAUUACAAAUCGUCUAG